CUAAAAAAUAUCUUGAGCUUCUCGAUUUCCAUGCAGUUCAUGCAAUCUUUCUGAUCUCCCCAUUCCCUCAUCUCGCCAUACCCUCAAUCCAAGAUGCCGGCAUUUGCGCGAUCAAUUGCCCCUUUUCUUAGAACUGCGCGGUCGUCAUGGCUGCAAGGCUCCACCGUUAGUCCCCUUCAACACGCUUUGCGAGGGCAAAAAGGUGCUUCUGUGUUGAACACUGCACGAACGUACGCCACCGCAUUCGAACGAACGAAACCUCACGUCAACAUUGGUGUGUCUACCUACGCAGAUGAUUCCUAGCUCUUGCUGAUUAGAAAUAGGUACAAUUGGUCACGUCGAUCACGGAAAGGUAUUUGGACUCGAGAUUUAGAUGGCGAGGUGCCAGAAGCUGACUAUCAACAGACUACAUUAACGGCAGCCAUCACGAAGCGACAGGCAGAGAAGGGAUUCGCAAAUUUCUUGGAUUAUGGAGCAAUUGAUAAAGCCCCCGAAGAGCGAAAGCGUGGUAUUACAAUCUCAACAGCACACGUCGAGUAUUCAACGGAAAACAAGCAUUACUCCCACGUCGAUUGUCCUGGUCACGCCGAUUACAUUAAGAACAUGAUUACUGGUGCUGCCAACAUGGAUGGAGCAGUUAUUGUCGUUGCCGCCUCCGAUGGACAGAUGCCACAGACCAGAGAGCAUCUUCUGCUCGCUCGUCAAGUUGGUAUCCAAAAGUGUGUCGUUUUCGUAAACAAGGUUGAUGCUCUCGAGGAUCCAGAAAUGUUGGAAUUGGUCGAGAUGGAGAUGCGUGAACUAUUAACCACAUAUGGAUUUGAGGGUGAGGAGACACCAAUCAUUCUCGGUUCUGCACUUUGCGCUUUGGAGGGGCGCAGACCUGAAAUUGGUGAGACGAAGAUCGACGAGUUGCUUGCAGCUGUCGACAGUUGGAUUCCAACUCCACAGAGAGAUCUAGACAAACCUUUCCUGAUGUCUGUCGAGGAUGUUUUCUCAAUCCCAGGUCGUGGAACAGUCGUCUCCGGUCGUGUCGAACGGGGAACCUUGAAGAGGGAUGAGGAAGUCGAGCUUGUAGGAAAGGGAGAGGUUCCAAUCCGAACCAAGGUCACCGAUAUCGAAACCUUCAAGAAGUCCUGCGAAACCUCCCAAGCUGGUGACAACUCCGGUCUUCUUCUCCGAGGAAUCAAGCGUGAGGACGUCAAACGUGGAAUGGUCAUCGCCAAGCCAGGAUCCACAAAGGCACACAAAGAAUUCCUCGUUUCUAUGUAUGUUCUCUCCAAGGAGGAAGGUGGACGACACACUGGAUUCAUGAACAACUACCGACCACAAAUGUAUUUGAGAACCGCAGAUGAAGCGUGUGCUCUUUUCUGGCCAGAAGGAACCCCGGAUAUGGACUCCAAGAUGGUUAUGCCAGGUGAUAACGUGGAGAUGAGAUGUGAGAUCCACCACCCAAUUGCUGUUGAAGCUGGACAGCGUUUCAACGUCCGAGAGGGAGGACGAACCGUUGCAACUGGACUGGUGACUCGUAUCAUCAAGUAAAAAUGUAGAGGACGAUUAAUAUGUGUAUAACUUUUUGCAUGACUUGGGCUUGGCUUGGGUCAGCUGGGAUGGGGGUGGGGGCAUCAUGGAACAUGGAGUUUGUAAAUCUACAAUGAAACGAAAAGGAACGAACCUAAAGUAACACCCUGUACUUCUAUUGUUGUUGUAAAUUAGCAGACACGAAAAAUGCAAUGCCACUCUCAAAUCA